GCUCAAGAGGUCUAUACUUUUCUUAGUUUCUUCCACCUGGGUGCUUCUUUAUUUUCACAUUUGAUCUGUUCUAAUUAUGAUCUAUGGCUGCACCAAAGGGUAAAAUUUCUACCUAUACAAGUGGUCAACAAGAAAUGGAUCUAAAUCUCUCACUUGGUGGCUCUUUUAAUUGUGAAAAACCUAAUGAAAUUUCAAUGCCUCAACCGUUUUCACAAAUUAGGGCAUCAGCGGCCAACAAUCCUGCCUUUCAGCGAGAUAUUGAGAUUGUAAGAUCUGAUUUGCAUAACAAAUUAGAAGGUACGUCUAAAAUUUAUGAAAAUGAGGAACCUGCUAUCAAAUUCAAUACGGAAAAAGGCAAGUCAAUUGUAUUUCCAGAAAGUAAUGACAAAAAACCAUUGAAGAAUGUUAAGAAUUCUCAUAAUGUCAUAUCAAUGGAUACAAGUGACCUACUAAGGAUUAUUCCUUCUGUGACAACUUCAGCUUUCAAGAUGAAAGAUUUAGGAGAAUUAAAAAUUUUCCUUGGUAUUGAGUUUGCAAGAUCUGACAAAGGAAUACUGAUGCAUCAGAGAAGAUAUGUAUUAGAGCUAUUGGCUGAUUUGAGGUUAGGAGCAGUGAAGCCAGCUGGAGCUCCCAUGGACUAUAACCUGAAACUCACCUCAAGACAGUUUGAUGAACAUGUCAAGCACAUGAAAUCAAGUGAUGAUCCUCCUACUGACCAAAGGGCAUAG